AUGGAUGAGGAAGAGCAGAAAGGAUAUACUUGGGAGGCUGGAUAUGCCGAAGGACUGAAUAUCAAGGAAGUUUUGGAAGAAGAUGAAACGGGUUCAAUUGAGAAGUCUAUUGCUAAAUAUGUGUUAGAAGCUAGAAAAAAACAAAGAUGUAUAGACAAACCUGCCAAAGUUAGGCUAGGGAUUAUGAGAUAUGUGUAUAUCGUGUUGGAUUUCUCGAGAUUCAUCCAAAACAAAAGCAUGCCUCCAUCCAAAUACUUUGUAACUAUGAAAGUUAUCGACAAUUUCUUAGACAAGUUUUUCGAGCAAAAUCCUAUUGCACAAGCAGGAUUCAUUAUUUGUAAAGACAAGAAAGCGGAUCGUUUCAUUAGCUUGACAGGAAACAUCCGUACCAUCAAGGAACAGCUUGCAACCCUGAAUGAAGCAUCCUGCAGUGGGGAUUUCUCGCUGCAAAGCAGUUUACAAGUCGCUCUGGCUAAUUUAAAAGAGUUGCCGGGCCAUGUUUCAAGAGAAGUAAUUGUUCUCAUGGCCAGUUUAACUUCUGUCGAUGGCGGAAGUAUAUUCUCUACAUUUGAGUUACUUAAAGCUUACAACAUAAGAUGUUCGGUCAUCGGUUUGAGUGCAGAAAUAUUUGUUUGUAAACAACUCUCUAAAGUGACUAAUGGUCGAUAUGACAUUGUGCUCGACCCUGAUCACAUGGAGCUACUUAUGUCCAAUCACACUACUCCUCCUCCAUCCAUGAAGUCUACAGAAUGCAGUGCUGUACGAGUUGGCUUUCCUCCUCAUGCUGCCAUAAAUGUGAACUCAUUUUGUCAAUGUCAUCCUCUCACUCAACCAGUUUCUGAUCGAGGGUUCCUUUGCGAGCAAUGUGGUGCUAGGCAUUGCAGUCUUCCUGCUGAAUGUCGAAUCUGUAAGCUUACUCUAGUGGCUGCUCCUCAACUCGCAAGAGCGUUUCGUCACUUGUUGCCUUUGCCAGCAUUCCAGAGCGUAACAAUCGAAGAAGAUGAAUGUGCGGGUUGUGAGCAACCUAUCACUCUUGAAGGUUUUGCUUGCAAGAAUUGUUCUCACGUUUUUUGUUUUGAUUGUGAUCUUUUGCUGCAUGAAAGUCUCCAUAUAUGUCCGAGAUGUGACUAA